AUGGUAGAAGUAAUGAAGAAACCCAAAGCAAUAAAACCACUCACCGAAGACGAUGACGGAACACUAGUUGACCGUAUCAGCGAGUUGCCGGACGCACUCCUCAUUCAAAUCAUGUCUCUUUUGCCAACAAAAGAUGCUUUCAUUACACACGUCAUCUCUAGCCGAUGGCAGUAUCUCUGGACUUAUGUUAACAACUUAACUUCAAUCUAUGUGGAGGAUUACAAAUGUGGUGAUUAUCAUCGAAUUGUGGAGACCCUUGUCGAAAAUUAUCUUCAGGAAGUGAGUAAUGUAACAGAGCUAACAAUCGGAUCUUGGUUUGUAGAGGGUGCCGCUGCGCUUCCAAAACUAAGAUGCAAAUGUCUAACACCAAAGUUGCAAUUGUUAAAUUGUAGUUUGUAUGGAGUAGCUAGCAUACGGCAGGCCUUCCCUCACGUGGAGACACUCAACAUCGACAUGCAAGUUGACCGCCGUCAUAAUCUGUUUGAACUUUCACAAUUCCUAUUAAAGAAUGCAUCGGUUUUGGAGAAGUUCGUUAUCAUAUCAAAGAGAAGAAAAUGCCAGCAACGUUCACAGAGAUGUGUGUCCCCAUAUUUGUCACAAUUGGCUGCAAAAUUAGAAGCCUACAGGAGAAGCUCCACCAAGUGUAUGAUGCAUGUUCAUGGAUUGAAUCAAGGAUUACAGUUUGGUGGAUACUCGGUGGUGGCUCUGAAGGAGUAA